AUGAACAUCUUCCAAGAUUGGCCUGAGCCUAUAGUCCGUGUCCAAUCCUUGUCCGAAAGCAACCUCCGAGCCAUACCAAACCGCUACGUCAAGCCUCUAUCUCAACGUCCAAACUUACCUUCUCACAACCCUCGCACCACCACCAUCCCCAUCAUUGACUUAGGUGGCUUAUACACAGAGGACAUAACUCUACAGACCAAAACACUUGACGACAUCUCGAAAGCUUGUAGAGAAUGGGGAUUUUUCCAAGUGGUGAACCACGGGAUGAGUCCUCAGCUCAUGGAUCGAGCUAAAGAAACAUGGAGAGAGUUCUUUCAUCUUCCCAUGGAGCUCAAAAAUAUGCAUGCUAAUUCGCCGAAAACUUACGAGGGAUAUGGAAGCCGACUAGGCGUAGAAAAAGGUGCUAUUCUUGAUUGGAGCGAUUACUAUUAUCUUCAUUAUAGUCCUUCUUCUUUGAGGGAUUAUACCAAGUGGCCUUCUUUACCUCUUCAUUGCCGAGAUAUAUUGGAGGAUUAUUGCAAGGAGAUGGUAAACCUAUGCGAGAACUUGAUGAAAAUACUAUCAAGAAACUUGGGAUUAGAAGAGAAUAAACUUCAAAAUGCAUUUGGUGGUAAAGAGGAAUCAGGAGGAUGUUUAAGGGUUAAUUAUUACCCAAAAUGCCCUCAGCCGGAGCUGACUCUUGGCCUCUCUCCACACUCCGAUCCCGGCGGAUUGACCAUUCUCUUGCCAGACGAACAAGUCGCCGGUCUUCAGGUUCGUGGAUCCGAUGAUGCUUGGAUCACAGUCGAACCAACUCCUCACGCUUUCAUCGUUAACAUUGGUGACCAAAUUCAGAUGCUAAGCAAUUCAAUAUACAAAAGUAUAGAACACAGAGUCGUCGUGAGCCCUGCGAAAGAGAGGUUGUCAUUGGCAUUCUUCUACAACCCGAAGGGCAACGUCCCGAUCGAGCCAUUGAAGGAACUGGUGACCUUGGAAACACCAGCUCUCUACACCACCACCACCUACGAUCAAUACCGUCAAUUCAUUCGUACGCAAGGCCCACGUAGCAAAUCUCAUAUCGAGGAACUUAAAUCCCCUCGAUAG